UCAGAACAGGCAAGGGUCAAAACCGGGACGGCGAGAAAAGAGACGGAAAAAAGCAGGAGCUGAGACACAAAACGCUGGUUGACUUCAACAAACGAACUGGCAACAGACAAACAGAGAACACACAGGGAAUAAUGGGGAAGGUGGGCGACACCUGGAGGGGGGUGGAGACAUUCACAAAGACAGGUGAAACAGAGUCAAUAAUAAUUUGACCCCUUUGUUAUGGCAAGCCUAAAUGAGUACAGGAAUACAAAUUUGCUUAACAAGUCACAUAAUAAGUUGCACGGACUCAUUCUGUGUGCAUUAAUAGUGCUUAACAUGACAACUCCAUCUCUGUACCACACACACACAAUUAUCAGUAAGGUCCCUCAGUAGAGAAGUGAAUUUCAAGGACAGAUUCAACCACAAAGACCAGGGAGGUUUUCCAAUGCCUUGAAAAGAAGGGAACCUAUUGGUAGAUGGGUGAAAAUACAAAAAAGCAGACACUGAAUAUCCCUUUGAGCAUGGUGAAGUUGUCAGUUACGCUUUGGAUGGUGUAUCAAUACACCCAGUCACUACAAAAAGCAGGUGUCCUUCCUAACUCGUUUGCCGGAGAGGAAGGAAACCGGUCAGGGAUUUCACCAUGAGGCCAAUGGUGAUUUUAAUACAGGUACAGAGUUUAAUGGCUGUGAUAAGAGAACAUUUAGGAUGGAUAGUUACUCCGUAAUACUAACCUAAAUGACAGAGUGAAAGGAAGGAAAAAUAUUCACAAACAUGCAUCCGGUUUGCAAUAAGAGGAAAUUCUGGUUCAGUCUUGCUUACCAAGAAGACAUUGAAUGUUCCUGAGUAGCCUGGUUACAGUUUGACUUAAAUCGGUUUGAAAAUGUAUGGUAAGACUUGAAAAUGCCUGUCUAGCAAUGAUCAACAACCAACUUGACAGAGCUUGAAUUUUAAAAAGAAUAAUGGCCAAAUAUUGUACAAUCCAGGUGUGGUAAGCUCUUAGAGAUAUACCCCAAAACACUCACAGCUGUAGUCAAUGUCAAAUGGUAUUCUAACAUGUAUUGACUCAGGGGGGUGAAUACUUAGCUAACCAAGAUAUAUUAGUGUUUUAUUUUUCAUAAUAAAAUUUUAAAAACAAUUUUUCUUCCACUUUUACAUUACAGAGUGUUGUGUGUGGAUCGUUGACAAAAAAGGACAAUUAAAUAUAUUUGAAUCCCACUUUGUUACAUAACAAAAUGUGUAAAAAGUCAAGGGAUGUGAACACUUUCUGAAGGCACUGUAUUACCCUGUAGCCUUGUGUCUAAUAAUAAUACACUGAUAUGUUCUCAAACACUUACACACAUCUUUACAAUAUCGACAGGGUUUACCUUUUUUAGGAUAUUACUGCUGAACCCAAGUUUGGUUAUUUAAUAUAAAGUCUGAGUAUACAGACUGACAAAUGAGAUGUAGUACAUUCUAAAGAGCCUAUACCAGGGAUUGGCAACUUUUAUAACUAAUUUCAUGCAAUUCUACUCAUUUUGCCAUAUGGCGUAGAGAAAAAAUUGCAGUUUUAAAGCUAAUUUCCUGCAAUUCUACAUAUUUUGCCAUAGGGUGGAGGCUAAUGUUUUCAGUUUUUAAUAUAAUAACUAAUUUACCAAUCUAAAACAAUUUAGCUGACAUUGGCUAAUUGAGUGUCUGCUUAUGCACAGCAAAAUAUUGAAAUUGCACCUAAUGUAUUAUACUACUCUAACUUCCAACAGUAAGUAGAUACCCAGACUUAGUUUUUUAAAUUUUAUUUAUAGGUCCGCGGGCCGCCAGUUGCCCAUCCCUGGCCUGUACAAUGUGUUCUCCUACAAAAUCCAACUUCAUCUGCUGCCAUUAAUGCAAAUGUACGCUUCGCUCAAAGCUCUUCCUACAGUACAACAAAAGGUCCUUCACAGUAAAGUGUCUCCAUUUUAUUUAAGGACAUCAAUCGGUAUUAGAGGUUUAAUGCUGCAUAAAUAGCCUCCUCAUCAUAGAAACUCAGAACUCUCCCCUCUAGUGUUCUUUCCAUUUCCAUUUUCUCUCUGCAGAAAUGUAUUUUGGUGGAUGAACUGACGGUGUUCAUCUUCUUGUACAACUGCAGCCCCAUUAGAAAAUGAACCCAAGCGGUUUUCAUUGAGAGGUUUCUGAAAUGUGUUUCCCUUUGGUAGGAAGUAGGUCAGUAUUGGUUGUAAAUGUGAUAGUGGGACAGUACCAGAAAGAGGAGGAGUUCCAUAAAAUACACAAGUGUACACUUUCACAUAACAAUACAACUAGACUCUUCCCCUUUCUCUCCCUCUUUCUCUUUCUCUUCCUCUUACUCACACAUACAAUCCAAUAUACUACAGAAUGUUUACCCUUCUUGUUGUUCUGAAAGUUGAGGAGAUGAGAUGUUGAUACCCUGAUCUCAGACCCUGGACCUUGCAGUAUCAGCAGACCCUCUUUGGGCUCCUGCAGCCUGCUGAGUCAUCUGAGACCAGGCCCAUUAAAACUUUCACAGGGUCAAUAAAGGCCCCUGAAGGGCUGUCUGUCAAUACAGGAAGAAGGAGGGUCUUACUGUAACAACAGAGCACAUCAAUAAAUUGAGCAUUUGCUUCUUCAGUUCAUGGAAGGCAGUUUAUACACGUUAUUCAGACUGGAAGGUUACUUUACAGUGUAAAUAAGCUCGUUUUGAGCACAGACUACUGUAUGUACAGAAUGUAUAUUUAUGAUAUGUGUUUAGCUCAGAGGAUGUGUGGACUAUGGCACUCGUAGAUUGUAUGUUUCCAUAGUUUGACAGCCAUGUGUAUGAUAGUUUAGACAAUGUGUAUUCUUGUUAUCUUCAAUAUAGUGUUUAUUUUACCUUUAUUUUAACAGGGAAGACAUAUUGAUACCUAAGUCUCAAUUCCAAAUGUGCUCUGUAUAUAAAUAUACAAUAUGCAUAAACAUUUAAAUACAAAAACACAGUCAUUGUUAGCACAAAUAAAACAUCACAAAUCACCAGUGUGAUAAUUAUUUUAGCUAGACCAUUUGACUGUGUAGUUGUUUGUAGUGUGUGGUGGAGAAACAAGCUUUAUGUUAAGUGCAUUUAUUGGGGAAAUGCUGUAGAGUGGGAAAGGCCUCUGAUGAUUGUUUAUGAGUUCAUGGUGCUUUUGUCCUCAGAGAGGGAGAGAGAGAGAUGUGUGUGAUCAACUUGAAAUGUCUCUAUUCCUUUGUUUACUGUACAUGUUUUAUUGUUUAUUUCACUUGUAUUUAUUGUCUAUUUCACUUGCUUUGGCAGUGUUAACAAAUGUUUCCCAUGCCAAUAAAGCCCUUUGGAUUGAGAGAGAGAGAGGGGGAAGGCCAGAAAGAGGAAGGCAGUAUUUUCACCAUAUGAAAGGGUAAAAAAGAAGACUGUACAAAGCAAGAGAGGCAGGGCAAAUAAGCCGGAGAGAGGCAUAGUUAUUCACAGUGGGAGGUGGAGAAACGCAGUGCCUCUCUCUACUUCCUAGAGAACAGACAGAGUGUGUGAAAAGAGGAAGAGAGGGGGAGGAUCUUUACAGUCAGGCACAUGCUCACACAGAUAUAGUACAUACAGACCUAUACCCACAGACACACCCAUGCAUUCUAAUGGGUAUGCAGAGCUAUUUAGACAUGAGACACAGCAGCAGUUCCUGUUGUGUUUUUAGAUGCAGUAGAAUACAGAGUGUAAAGUGACAGUAGUAGUCAGGCCUCUGACCAUCUGGUCACUACACACACAGAGAGACAAAUAUACCAGUACACUGGAGUUUUGAAGUUAUGACUGACUUCAGGAUGACUAAGAGUGGCCAUGUGUUCCUCAGUCCUGCGGUUAUUACACGGGGCCAGAGGAGACGACACAGCGAUACCUCGGACCUAUUUGCAAUGAUCGAGAGGAUGCAGGGCAGCAGAAUGGACGAGCAGAGAUGCAUCCUCCCUCCACCCCUCAAAACAGAGGAGGACUAUAUCCCUUACCCCAGCGUUCACGAGGUCCUGGGUCGUAGGAGCCCCUUCCCCCUUAUCCUGCUGCCUCAGUUUGGAGGCUACUGGAUCGAGGGGACCAAUCACAAAUCCAGUGCAACGCCUGAGCAGCAGCCAUGUGCUGCCUCCCACAUCAAGCUGGAGACCAACAGCAUUGCCAAGAUCUACAGGAAACAGUUCAUGGGCAAGGAACACUUUAACUACUACUCCAUGGACACUGCCCUGGGCCACCUGGUCUUCUCCAUGAAGUAUGACGUCAUCGGGGACCAGGAGCACCUCCGCUUGCUGCUAAGGACCAAAUUAAAAACCCACCAUGAUGUGAUUCCUAUCUCUUGCCUGACUGAGUUCCCCAACGUGGUCCAGAUGGCCAAGCUGGUGUUUGAAGAGGUAAACGUGGACAGAUUUUACCCAGUCCUCUACCCGAAGGCCUCAAGGCUCAUUGUCACCUUUGAUGAGCAUGUCAUCAGCAACAACUUCAAGUUUGGAGUCAUUUAUCAGAAGUUUGGCCAGACCACUGAGGAGGAACUCUUUGGGAACAGCGACGAGAGUCCUGCUUUUGUGGAGUUCUUGGAGUUUCUGGGCGACAAGAUUGAGCUCCAUGACUUUAAAGGGUUCAGAGGGGGACUGGACGUCACCCAUGGCCAGACAGGAACAGAGUCAGUCUACACUAACUUUCACAACAAGGAGAUCAUGUUCCACGUGUCCACCAAACUGCCAUACACAGAGGGAGACACCCAGCAGCUGCAGAGGAAAAGGCACAUAGGCAACGACAUCGUGGCCAUCUUGUUUCAAGAGGAAAACACGCCCUUUGUGCCAGACAUGAUAGCCUCCAACUUCCUGCAUGCCUAUGUGGUGGCGCAAGUGGAGAAUGCCUGCUCAGACAACGUCACGUACAAGGUGUCUGUGACAGCUAGAGACGAUGUGCCUUUCUUUGGACCCGCUCUACCGGACCCGGCCAUCUUUAAAAAGGGACAUGAGUUCCAUGAGUUCCUGUUCACUAAGCUGAUAAAUGCGGAGUACGCCUGUUACAAGGCUGAGAAGUUUGCCAAGCUGGAGGAGCGCACACGGUCGGCCCUGUUGGAGACGCUGUAUGAGGAGCUACACAUCAACAGCCAGUCCAUGAUGGGCCUGGGAGGGGACGAGGACAAACUGGAGAAUGGGGGUGGAGGGGGGGGGGGCUUCUUUGAGUCCUUUAAGCGGGUGAUCCGCAGCAGAAGCCAGUCUAUGGAUGCCAUGGGCCUCAGUAACAAGAAGCCACACACUGUCUCCACUAGUCUCAGCGGCAGCUUUACCGAGACCCCCAAAACCCCAGGGAUAUCAUUACUUGUCCCAGGGAAAAGUCCUAGUAGGUAUCAUGGACGUCGCGGCAGUGCCAUAGGGAUAGGAACAAUAGAAGAGUCUCUGAUCAUUCCUGGGAAGAGCCCCACCAGGAAGAAGUCUGGGCCUUUUGGCACCCGACGGAGCAGUGCCAUCGGGAUCGAGAACAUCCAGGAGGUGCAGGAGAGGAGUCGGGAAGUGUCCCCCAGCACACAGAGGACCCCAGACAGCGGACACAUCUCCCAGGACCCCAAAUCAGAGAACUCAUCCAAUCAGAGCUCACCAGAGAUGCCCACCACAAGGACCAGUUCCACCAUCUGUUGCAGGGCUCCAUACAUCCCUGAGGCCCAGGACCUGUCCCGCUCCUCAUCCAAUGCUAGCAGCUUUGCCAGUGUGGUGGAGGAACACGAUAAUGUGUGCAUUGAUGAAUACAACACUGUACUGGAGAGUCUAUGCUCUUCUGGAACACCACACAAGGACUCAUUUGCGUACGUCUCCUGGGUAGAGGAUAGUAUGAGCAAUACUAGUGCCACCAGCCAGGUCAGCUCUCCAGCACCUGCACUGCCCCAUCAGACUGAGGGGGGCAAAAGGGUAGAGCUCAAAAGGGCAGAGAGCCGAGACAAGACAGAGAGGUCACAGGAUAAGUCAUCAUCGCAUUCCCAUAAGAGGCACCCCUUGCAGGAGAUGAAGCAAGCACAUGUGUUUUCCACCACAGACGCAGAGGAGGAUCAGAGCUAGUCGCUGGGACAGGCAGACCUGGUGUAGGCUAGUCUAGUCUGUACAGCCAGGUCCAUGGACAUGCACUUACAACCCUCCCUCAUUCCAACUCUAUGUGGCUGACUCCCAGCAUGCCUAGAGGGGUGAAGGAGAGGAGUGUCCCGCACCCCACCCAAAAGGAAUGCCACUCACACAGCAUCGCCUCUGGCUGUCUGUUGGCUCGCUUAGCCUGCAUCUGUUCAUGUGGUUUCUCAUUGUAUACUCUCCCUUGUUUCUCAAUGGCAUUGUUUGUUUUGAAGGUCGAAGCAGGGGUGGAUCUUAUGCAUUCAAUACAUUGGUUUUGCAGGAGAUCCGUUGACCAUUUGUGAGGUACAACAGGACUUUCUGUUAGGCUAAGGAGGAAUGCAUGAGGAUAUCAGGGUGUUGUCCUGUUGCCAUUGUGGGAAGAAAUUACAUUAUUGCACCCACCAGCCUCACAUUCCACCAUGAUACUGUACAUGUGUUACUCUUGGUGUCCUAGAUCCUUUGUUGUCACAUCAAUCCUUGUGUUUAAAUUAUGAGUGUAAUGGUGGGUGUUGACUAGAAACUUUUAGUAAAUGUUACAUGUUUUUGAUAGAAGGUACUUUUGUCAUCAUGCUGCUGCUGGUUUCAAUGUCACUACUUCCCCUGACAAACUGUACAAUUAGUUCACAGUUGAUGUUGAUAAAUGGAAAAUAUUUUACUGACUCAACAAUUAUGCUCAUCCUAUUUCAUGCCAUUUAAGCUGAGCAAAAAACAUGAAGUAUUGAAUUACUGAUAAGGUCCAGUGUCCAAACGACUAAUCAGUCUUCAUCCCUGUUCCAUACUGUAGAUAAUACCGCAUAGACAUUCCACCAAGGUGACCUAACCAAAGCAGACAGCCUCCAAAGUCAAGCUACUGUCCAGUGACUACAGUCUUCAGUUUUUUCUUUAAAUCAAGCUAGUGGUUUGGAAUAAAGUAUGUGUUUGGAUGUGUAUACAACUGUGCAUGGUGUAAAUCUGCUUGCAAGCCCCAGUCAACUGGUACCAUGCUCGAAAUAGGUGUUGUCCCUGGACUGUUCCUGUGAUGUUACUCCAAACCAGUCAACUUCUCCAAAUUCAGUGCACAAUGCAGAUAUACAAUCACUAUCAGUUUCAUAUAGGUUUUGAUUGAGAAAGAUGGGGCUACAUUGUGUAGAUGUGGAAACCGGCACUACAUUUUCUGAUUGCUGAUAGUUUGAAAAUCUGACUUAUUUCUAAAAGAAUUACACUGUGACAAAUCUUGAAGUUGCCUUUUUGAUGAUUGUGUUAAGCUGCGUUGUAGGAGGGUAACCCCCUUCAUAUAAGGAAUCUAUCCAACGAUGGACUUUGCCAACUGGAAUCUAUCACCAACUGGUUUGAAUGUAAAACUAAACAGAUGUCUAUUAAUUUGUACAUAUCUGCUCUCAAUGAAUGGAACCUGGGUCUCUUGUGAAACGUCUAACAUUGCCUGAGUAGACAUUUUCCCUCCGAUGUAUGUGAUGAAAAUAACUGAUAUGAAGGCAUGGUUUUCAUUACUUUUUAUUUCAAUGAAAUGAAGAGCCAAUGUGGAAUUGAGUUGUGCUUUCUCUGUUGUGACAUUAGUACAUUCGGUUUUCAUACAAUCUUUUGGGAAUCUUUCAGUUGAAUCUUAAGGAUCCCUGUCUAAGUAACACGAAAUCAAAAUACAGUUAGUCAUUAAAACACCAUUCUGAAGAUUACGAUGAAACAAAAUACUAUUAAUUGGAAAGAUGAUAAAGUUAAGUUUCAUCAUGUUAACAGAGGCUUUGGAGUCAGUGUGUAUUGCACACAAACUCAAAAUAUAUAUUUUUUAAACUUUAUCACAAAGGUCUCACUAGUCUUUGUAAAAUGCUUGAAUACCAGUAGUUGGAUUACACCCUCUGGUGGCUCCAGAUUAUAUUUGCACAUUUCUCUGUGGUCCAGUUGUUCUGUUUGUACAUGCAAGACAUUUGGAUUGAGCCCCCAGCCAAUUCAAACAUAUCUAAUUUGCAAUGUGCUUGAUUCAGGUGAUUGUAUUGCUCUUCUCAUUGACAGUCCGCUUAAGCCCUUGUUCAAGUUCAAAAGUCUUGUUUGUAAAUAUUGCUUUUCACCCUUUUGUAAAUUAAGCCAAAUAUGUUUAAUAAAGAGAAAGGUGUAAUACCA